GGAGAGGAAGUCCUUCCCCCAUCCCUUCCGGCGCCGUGACUCGGAAGCAGUCCCCGCCCCCCACCGCGGUCCCCCCCCUUCCGGCGGCGGCGGCGUCUCCAGGCAGCGGCGGCGGCGGCGGCCCAGCCCGGCCUCGGCUCCAGGACGGCCGCGGGCGCGAGCCAUGUCGGAGCCCCGCUUCUCGCUGAAGAUCUCCGUGCUGAGGGCGCUGGAGCUCCCGCUGGCCUGGUGCUGCUCCCUGGUCCAGAUCCGACUGUCUCCGGGGCUCAAGAAGCUCUUCGCAGCGACAGCCGUGAGCGCCGUGUCCGUGCUCUUCCUGGCCCAUCACUUCAAGAGAAGGCGCGGCAAGAAGAGGAAAGCCUCGCCCUGGGGCCCCGGGCCCCUGGCCCUGGAAGGCGUCAAGACCGCCACGUCGGAGAAGGGCUCCAGCUGUUCCAGCAGCCGACAGAACCUGACGCUGUCUCUGAGCUCGGCCAAAGACAAAGGCUCGCAGUCCGGCAUCUACACCAAUGGCGGCCUCUUCAGCAAGUACUCCGGCUCCGUGCAGAGCCUCGCCUCGGUCCAGAGCGCCAAUUCCGGUCACAGCUGUGCCUGCGGCAACUCCAGUUCCUGGGACAAAACCGACGAAGAGGACAUGAGGCUCGUCAACAUCCCCGUGACCACGCCGGAGAACCUGUACUUGAUGGGGAUGGAGCUCUUCGAGGAGGCCCUGCGGCGCUGGGAGCAGGCCCUGACCUUCCGCAGCCGGCAGGCCGAGGACGAGGCCGCCUGCGGGGCCAUUAAGCUGGGCGCGGGCGACGCCAUCGCCGAGGAGAGCGUCGAGGACAUCAUCAGCGCCGAGUUCAUCCACAAGCUCGAGUCCCUGCUGCAGAGGGCCUACCGGCUCCAGGAGGAGUUCGAGGCCACGCUGGGGGCCUCCGACCCCAACUCCCUGGCCAACGACAUCGACAAAGACACGGACGUCACCGUGAGGGGCGGCGCCGAGGACUUCGGCCUGAGGGACACCCUGAGCAUCGCCUCCACCGACUCCUUUGUUUCCGCCCCCGAGCUUUCAGAGCACCGCGAGGGCCGCCACGCCUCCGGCCUGGACUCGCUGUGCCGCUGCCCCUUGUACGAGGAUGCCAUGCGCCUGGUGGAGGAGGGCAAGGUCUCCUCGCGAGUGCUCAGGACCGAGAUGUUGGAGUGCCUCGGAGACAGCGACUUCCUGGCCAAGCUGCACUGCGUCCGGCAGGCUUUUCAGGUCAUUCUUUCAGAAACAGCCAACAGGACAUUUCUUGCCGAGAGCGGGAGGAGGAUCUUGUCAGCCCUAAUGGUGAAGGCGAGAAAGAACCCCAAGAAGUUUGAAGACGUUUUUGACGAAAUGAUCUGUUUUUUAGAGCAAACAGAGCACUGGGAGAGCAUUGAGGUGGAGCUCGCCGCCAGGGGGGUGAAGACCCUCAACUUCUAUGACAUCGUCCUGGACUUCAUACUGAUGGACUCCUUCGAAGACCUGGAAAACCCGCCGACGUCCAUCCAGAACGUGGUCAAUAACCGCUGGCUCAACUCCUCCUUCAAGGAGACCGCCGUGGCGUCAAGCUGCUGGUCCGUGCUCAAGCAGAAGAGGCAGCAGAUGAAGAUUCCCGAUGGGUUCUUUGCACACUUCUAUGCCAUUUGUGAGCACGUCAGUCCUGUGUUAGCCUGGGGCUUUUUGGGUCCGAGGAACUCCCUCUAUGAUUUGUGUUGCUUCUUUAAGGACCAGGUCCUCUAUUUCCUCAAAGACAUCUUCGACUUGGAGAAGGUUCGCUACUCCAGCAUGGAGACGUUGGCCGAAGAUCUCAUGCAGCUGCUGAUGCGCCGCACCGAGCUUCUGAUGGCGUACCUGGGCGCAGACUCCCUGAGACACGCGAGCGGCUGCGUGAGCGGCCACGGCCACGCCGUGUCCAGUGGCCUGGUGGAAGCCAGAGUCCAGUGAGGGCGCGUGUGUGCGCGGCCGGGCCGUGGGGAGGUUUGCUGGACGAAUAGGCCGGACGCCCCUUCGGGGGGCCGCAAUCUGGAAACAUUUUCCAUUCUGAAAUGUGCGUUUUCCCCACUUGUUGCUCGUGAUUGGAGUGUGUCCUGGUUACUUUCUGGUGUGUAAAGCCUCGCAGCAGCCCUGCCGCGGCCCGUGGCGCCCAGGAGAUUGCCGCUUUGCUCUUCCCGCGUGGCGCGCUGUCCAUUCAUUAGCUUCCUUCUCUGUGACUAGUUAGGCUUGCCUUGAAAACGCGUCUGUACGUAUCGGCGGCCUCCUUUUGUCUCAGGCACGAUGCAGGGACACGGGAAAUAGAAAUCGUCGUCAUUUAGGCAGUCACGUGUCUGGUGUGUGCUCUUGUCCGUGCCCUGCGCUUACAGGAGUCGGCCCGAUGGGGUCCCCGCGGAAGAUGUCAGGCGGAUCGGGCGGCUGCCCCUGAUGCAAGCGGGCAGAGCCCUUCCCUCCAUGGCCUGGGGCUCUUCCGGGCCGGAUUCUCCUCUCCUCUUCUGUCGAGAUCGUCCCUUAACAAACUGUCCCCCCGGAGUUUUCCGAUGGACACGCUGCAGGCGGAGAAGGGAAGCCCGAGCCUUGCCUCCUCUGGCCCUCAGACGCCUCCGGGGAGGUGCUGGCAAAAAGGCUCCGACUGCGGGUCAGAUUUCUUAUUAGCUGGGUGGCUUUUCCCUCCAGACUUAAGCCCGAGCGUUUCCAGGCCCAAGAGAUUCGCUCUUUUCCCGCACCCGAGCCUCCUCGUUAGCUCGAGGGAGGUUCUCUGGGAGAUGUCCUCCUCCGGAUUCUCCUUUGGCCAGCUCUUGAGAUGCCCGUGUGAAGCAGGAAGUGAUGGGCUUCCUGCCCGGCAUCCGCACGAUGGGAACCGCUUUUGGAUUGGUCCCCCCGUGAGAGAGUCAAGCACGGACACUCGGGGCGGAGUGGCCGAUGCCCUUCUCUGGUCGGGACAGACGCUGCCCAUGGCGAACUGCUCCAGCAAAUGGCAUUGGCCACUGGCCUGGGGGUGACCGAGCCCUCACUCGGGGGCCAGUGCCCGGGGACCUGGAAGGCAUUUUUAGCUGUAGAUCCUCCGGAGAGAAGCAGCGCCAUGAAGCGUUCGUCGGUUCCUAGUUUUCCUCAUUAACUCGGCCGAACCGAGCUGUCCCGUAGGGAUCACACGUCCUUGGCGGUCGAACACCGACUCGGCGUUCUCGUAUCCACUGUAGAAGCCGGACGUAAGGAGGAAAGGCAGCUGUGCCUUGGGGGUCGGACCGGAGUUCUGUCUGAAAUCCGUUGGGAAAAAUUGCACUAUUUACACGCUGCUGUGGCUCGUGAAGGUCUCGACGCUCUGCCCAUUGGCCAGGGUGGCGUCGCAGAAUGGUCCUCUCCGCCGGUCAGCCCCUCAGCUGCUUUCCCGGCCCCAAGGUUUUCCGUGUGGCCUUCAGUCCGAGAUGAUAGUGACCAAAUGGAAUGUCGGGGAUCUCCGUGCGGAAGAGGUCUCUCCUUCAGGGUCGGGAGUCACCUCGGCCUCUCGGGGAGAAGGAUGUCUACGACGGGGCUCUGGGGGCAGCCGUGCCCGUUUCCUUUUGCCUUAAACCUGGAUUAUAAACACAAUCAGCAACUUUCAAAUGACAAAUGAGCAGAUUUUGGUAGCAUGAUCUGAAAUCCCGUCCAACUCGUCUUGUGGCACGGAUUCCGGAAGCUGCAGGCCAUCUCCAUCAGCCACACCGACUUCCGGGUCCCGUGUUCAGAAAGGGAAGACGCUGGCGCCGCAGCAGUUUCUAGGCCCCUCUUUCCAUUUCCCACCAGUCGGGCACGCAGGUUUCGUGCGUUACCAGGAAAGAGGGCAAGAGCAGGUUUGGCCAGCAGACGCCCUGUGGACUGGACACCCCAUUGCUUAGGCCUAGGGACGAGCCGUGCUGGAGAGAAACUGAAAUGGGUUUCUCCCCAGCUCUUCUUCCCGGGAAGUCACGUUUUCAGGGAUGGCCCGUUGGGCCCUGUCUCCCGGGAAGGGUUUUAGUCGGAGGACUUUCUGUCUGGAAACGUCAUUGCAGGCGAGCUUGGUGGGGGAGGGCGCCAUCGGCCUUUCCCGGUCCUCAAUGGCUCUCCACGUCCUUGGUUUUGUUUGUUUGACGGGUCUGUGCAUGAGCCGCAGUCGGCCAGUGCCGAGGCCCAACGGCACACGCGGCCGGCCUUCCCUUGUCCGUCUCCCAAUGAAAUGCUCUCCUGUAACGGCCCCCUCCCUUCCCGCCUGUCACAGAUCGCAGUGUUUCUCUUCCUGCCAAAUAAAGGACUGCUGACACCUU